AUAAUAUAACAGUAAACCCUUCCCGGCUUUUACCUUUCCUGUUCCGGCUGGCUUCUCUUCUUCUUCUUCUUCUUCCUCCUCCUCCUCUCUCUCUCCUUGAUUCGAUUCGUUCAUUCAAACCCAGAAAAGAAAGUGAAGAAGGAGGGUUUAUGGGUUGCAGGAAUUCUUCAUCCUUUUCAUCCUCAUCAUCUUCAUCCGCUGCAGCCGUGUUCGAUUACCAGCCGCCAAAUCAGCUUUUGUUCAUUCCCUCCGGUUCAUUAACGCCUUGGAUACGAGACCCCCGGUUAACCGUUCCUUAAUAUUCAAUUCCUAGCUUUUUUGUUCUCUGGAUUGUCAAGAAAUUGAAUCAGCUGUGUUGUGCUUGAAGUCCUCCAAGGAAGCAGUAUCUUUUGUUGAUUUGGUGCCUAUUGUUAAAGAUAAGUGGGGGUGGGGGUGGGGGGGGUUUACUCUUCUCUAUGCUACUGAAGAUGGCUGCAAAAAGCCCUCAGCAAACAAGGAUGUCAUCUGGGAGGGCUAAGACCUCUGGUUGGGCUGCAUUUGCCCAAAAGGAAAGACAGAAACAACAAGGCCUUGAACCCAAUCUUGAUGAAGAUCCUUUCCCACCUGUAACAGUCCCUAAUACUCUCUCAACUCACCCCUCCUAUAAGUCAAAGAAUACUGGUACCCUAUGGGAGAAGCCUUAUUCUACUGUGCUCUUACCCUCUCCAAAUUUUGCUUCCUUGGAGCAAAGUAAUGGUUCAAACUCUAAGCAAUUAAGUGUUGGAAAUUUCAAUUCCAGACAGGGCAGUGAUGUUUUCAAGAAGGGAGGUAAUGUUGAUUUGUAUCAAAAAAUUAAGGAGCUUCACUCAUGGGCAGAUGAAGACUUGAUCAAAGAUGUUAUGGCUGGGGUGAAUUAUGACUUUGACCAGGCUAUAAUGCAAUUGGAAGCAAUAGUUUCACCUGACCAGACUCAUGUGUUGCAUAAGGAUUUGGAAACUGAGAAACCUGAUACUAACAAGGUCUUAAUUACUGCUGAAGCAUUGGCUCCCUUUGUUCAAAAGACCAAGGAAGAGAAGGACAAAAAAUGUGAAAAAUUCAAUGAAGAUGCUUCAUUCAAAGGGGACAUUAAUGUGGAAGAUUUGAGUCGUACCCUAAAUAAAUGUCUGGAUAUCAGUAACAAAGACUUGAUCAAUGCGAGUUCUGCCUGUGGGGAUAAACUUCCUGGUAAUGCAUCACUGGGUAUUUUCAGAUUUGUGCCCAUUGAACCUGAGUUUUGGGAAGAAGAUGAUAUAUACUUAAUCCAAAGAAAAGAUGCCAUGAGGAUGAUGAGGUCAGCAGUUCGACAUUCUAAGGCUGCCAAUGAUGCCUAUUUAAGGGGAGACCACCUGACUGCCCAACAUUUUUCACUGAAAGCUCAAGAAGAAUGGUUAGCUGCUGGCAAGCUAAAUUCAAAGGCAGCAAAGGAAAUUCUAAGCAUCCGGAACAGUAAAAAUGAUGAGUGGACUCUGGACUUACAUGGUCUUCAUGCAAUGGAAGCAGUUGAAGCCUUGCAAGAACACUUGAAAAAGACUGAAUCUCAGGUUUCACUCAAUCAUUCAGUAUAUCCAAGAGAAGUAAAAGUGAAAGCUGGAUUUGAAUCCACUGCAUAUCUUGGAUAUUCAAAUUGUAUUGAAGCAGAGGGUUCAACAAAGAGGCAACAGCGACCCUCUAUGCUCCAAGUCAUAACAGGUAAAGGUAAUCAUAGCCAGGGAGAAGCUGCAAUUCCAAUAGCCAUUAGAAACUUUCUCACUGAGAAUGGAUAUCGUUAUGAUGAGGCCCGGCCUGGGAUGAUUGCAGUGUGGCCAAAGUUCCGACCACAAUAAAAGCCUAUAGAUGAGUGAUUUGCAGAAAUUGGAGGAUUCAACAUGAUUGAUGUAACUGCACAUAUUUAUGUUAAUUAUUCCCUGUGAUGAAUUAAUUACAGACAUGUUCACAACUGUUA